AUGAGCGACGGACUCAGCUCCAGCUCUACAGCACUGUCACAGGAUGGCAAGGGAAAAGAUCUGGGCGUCGCUUUGCACGACUUUGCGGCUUAUUACGGAUCACCACUAGAUACCGUUUCGGCCAGUCUUCGCCCUCUUGGUGAAACAUCAAGUUCAGGAUUUUUAAACAUACUUAAAAAUAUUUUAAAAAUUUGUAGAAAUUGCCAGGACUAUAUCGCUUGGAUCCUACAAGUGAAGGUUCUGUAUAACUGGAGGAUAUUGUUACAUGCGUUUAGAAGACGUCACCGUACCACGUUUACACAGGAACAAUUGGCUGAACUCGAUUCGGCAUUUCAGAAAAGUCACUAUCCGGAUAUCUACGUGCGAGAAGAGUUGGCACGGAUCACUAAACUGAAUGAAGCAAGGAUACAGACACUCAACCCACACCAGGCAAUAUUUGCUGCAAAUCCGGCCAGCAACAUAAUGCGACAGAGCAUGUAUCCAGCACCAUUGGGAAAUCCACGAGACACUUUUUGAAAGCCGGAGUCAUUGCAGAAAUGUUGUUUUCCUCAUUACAGCUUCAGCCCGUCGAUCACUCCAUUCUCAUCCGACGAAGAUUUCUACCAGAAGUCCCUAGCGCUGCGAAUGUCAUGUCAACCAACAGCUUCAGCAAACAUCGCCAAUCUUAACUAUCCGCAGAGUUAA